UGUCAUUGUGGUGCUAAGGUUUUUGCGAAGCAAAAAUGUCUGUCUGCAUAAGGUUAACUCGCAAGUGACAUAUAGGGGAUAUUUAGCUAAAUAUUACAACCUAAACCACUAUUUUACAGUAUUUGAGACGCGUUACAGGAAAACGAAGCUCCAUACUACCACACCCGAUCGCCCUAGUUGGAAUUUUAAAGGGGAAAAGGUAACAUAUUGUAGUGAGUUUGUCAAAAAAGGUUUCGGACUGGGUGAAAGAAGUUGGGAUACAAGAGACUGGAGCUGGUAUGGAGUAAAGGGUCUAAAGAUUGGCAGGAUGAAUCCUCAACAGCGGAUUGCCGCAAUCGGCACAGACAAGGAAUUGAGUGACUUGCUGGAUUUUAGCGCGAUGUUUUCUCCACCUGUAAAUAGUGGGAAAAACCGACCAACCACUCUUGGAAGCAGCCAGUUCAGUGCACCAGGUAUGGAUGAGAGGCCGAGCCAGGCAUCGUCCUCCUGGGCCCCAGGUGGCCAGUCGUCCAGUCCCUCCUACGAGUCCUCCAGGGGUUUGGCAGACAGCCCUCAUUAUGGUGAUCACAUGAGUGGCAGUCGAUUAGUGUCCCAUGAAGGAUUGUCCCAGACACCUUUUAUGAACUCCAGCAUAAUGGGUAAAUCAGCAGAGAGGGCUCAAUUUCCACCCUAUGGGAGAGAGCCUGGCGUGUCUGGCUGCCAGGCCAAUCUGCGGCCGGACAUUGGUCUGGUAAGUCCUGGGCCUGUGACCACAUCGGGGAAAACGGCCCCUCCCUUCUACCCUCCCUUCACCGGGGCAAACCCCAGAAGACGCCCCCUACCGGAACCUACUCCCAUUGAUCCUCUACAAACAAAGAAAGUUCGCAAGGUCCCUCCUGGUCUGCCUUCAUCUGUGUAUGCCCCGUCUCCCAACACAGAAGACUUCAACAGAGAUUCUCCCUCCUACUCAUCUCCCAAACCCCCCAGCAGUAUGUUUGCAACCACUUUCUUUGAUGGGUCCCACAACUCUUCUGAUCCGUGGAAUUCCUCCAAUGGGAUCAACCAGCCUAGUUAUGGAGGAAUGCUGGGAGGAUCUUCAUCUCACAUGCCGCAGUCAGGAAAUUACGUCAACAUGCACUCACAUGACCGCCUGAAUUACCCUCCACACUCUGUGUCGCCGACAGACAUCCAUGCCAGUCUUCCUCCAAUGUCCAGCUUUCACCGCAGCAACGCCAGCACUUCACCAUUCGUUAACCCAACACACACCCCGCCUAUCAACACCACCGACGGGGUCAUGGUUGCUGCAAAUCGGGGGAAUGCCACUGGAAGCCAGCAGACUGGAGAUGCACUGGGCAAAGCUUUGGCUUCGAUUUACUCACCUGACCACACCAGCAGUAGUUUUCCAUCCAACCCCUCCACCCCUGUAGGAUCUCCGUCGCCCCUGACUGGCACAGCAGGUGCUGCUGCCUCAGCAGGUACAGUGGUGACCACCGGCACCCCCUCUGGCAGGGCAGGUACCAACCAAUGGUCGCGUGGUGCAGCCGGACAGAGCCCCUCCUCCCCCAACUAUGAGAACUCCCUGCACUCACUGUCUCGGAUGGAGGAUCGCCUGGACAGACUGGAUGAUGCCAUCCUCGUCCUGCGGAACCAUGCCGUGGGCUCCACCACCAGUCUGCCCAGCGACAUACACAGCCUGCUGGGACAGAACGGGCCAAUUGCAACCCUCGGAGCAAACUUCCCUGCCGCCGGAUUGGUUGCUAGUCGGACAGCAGCAAUGGGUGGUUCUCACCGGGAUGAGGCUGGCAGUUUGAUCAACAGUCACGGAGGGCCGCCCAGCGUGGGCUCCAUGUCCAACAUGUCCAGCAUGUCCACCGCUGAACUCAACCACCAAGUGGAAACCUUCAGAGGUCUGGCUGCAGGUCUGGCUGGUCAGGUGGCUGCAGCCCUGGAGCUGAAGGUAGAGAACCAGGACAGAGACGACAUGCAUGAUGGCCACUCCUCCGACGACCUCGGCUCUGGAGACGAAAGCGACAAGAGAGACAUCAAGACUCCCAGAGGAGGCACAAGGACAAGCAGCAUCAAUGAGGAUGAUGACAACCUGAACCCAGAGCAGAAGGCUGAGCGGGAGCGCGAGAGGAGGAUGGCCAACAACGCCCGCGAACGCCUGAGGGUGCGAGACAUCAAUGAGGCUUUCAAGGAGCUGGGCCGCAUGGUUCAGCUGCACCUGAAGAGCGAGAAGCCCCAGACCAAGCUGCUCAUCCUGCACCAGGCUGUGGCAGUCAUACUGAGCCUGGAGCAACAAGUCAGAGAGCGGAAUCUGAACCCCAAAGCAGCCUGCCUUAAGAGGAGGGAAGAGGAGAAGGUGUCUGGCCAUGGGAUCUCUGGGGACCAGCAGGCCCACCAUGGGGUCCACCCCGGCCUCACCGACACAUCCAACCCCAUGGGCCGACUCUGAGGAGCACACAGAUCAACAUGAUACAGAUCAAUUCUGUAAGAUAGAGAUGGUGCCCUUGCUUCCCAAUGGCAGACAGGACUCACAGUUUGUGACACAAAUUGGAGGCGACAGACCACUUGAAGCUAAACCCCAGACUAACGCAAUCCUUAGAUUGAAGAAAAGCCCAGUGUCCAGGUCCCUGUGAUGACAUCCAACAUAUUUCUGCCCACGAGAAAACUUCAGCACAUAUCACUGUCUGCAAGCAGCGUGUCGCAUCUGAACAAUCAGAGACUAUCGCGAUCUCCUCCACCCUCCCAUGUGGAAGUUUGCCUUGUGCCUAAACUGAAUUGACGAAUGCAUUGUAACAGCAAUUAUGUUUAUUUGUUUUGUAUUAUUUGUUCUAUUUAUUAUGUUAUUGAGCUGUAAAGUCUACGUCUAAAGGGAAAGUGAUGAAUAUGCUUUAAGAAGCCUGUGGCUUUUCAGUUGAUCUACAGUUUGCCAGUGUCACUAGUAUGGCCCAGCCCUUCUCCCUAGCCAGUCUCGGGCUAGCCUGAGCUAAGAUUAAGAUACUCAGGCUCCUGAGAAAGAUACAAAUUAAUAUAUUCGGCAAUUUAAAGUGAUUUUUAGGGCCCAAGUAAAAAUAAUUUGGCGGUAUUGAGUACUAAAAGAUUUAAGCAUCCCAUUUAGAAAAAUAACAUAUUUUAUUCAUGCCGCAAUGAACAGCAUGUUUAAACCAAAACGACCUGCUCAUGUGUCCGUUUGGUAUAGCUCAGUCUUCAUGUUACUGACAUAAUUAGAGGAAGAGGAUUAGACAUGAGUGGUGGGUAUGAGCCCAGCUAAAUAGUGUUCCACACAUACACUAGCCUGAACACUAUAAACUCGGUGUCACAGGUGACAGAAGAAUGGCAAACUCUAGUUUUCCUGAAAGGUCAACUAAAGACUUAUAAGGUGUUUAUUCUCAGUAGUAAGCAGUUCAAAUACAGAAAGCAAACCAUUUACAAACCUUAGCAUUCCCUGCAUAUUUCUUAGUGUCUUAACUAAAGGAAAAGGGACUUCACUGCCUUUUCAUUCCUAUGCCAUAUAGUGUUAAAUGUAAACAAUGACAUAUUUCUGAUAUUGCAGUUUGUUUUCUAUAUUACAGUAUGGUCUCUGGUUAGUUGAACAGCCGUGGUCAUGCUCUUUGUAAUAGCCUAGCACUGUCUUAUCAAAGAUUGCUUAGUGAAAAAGUAGAAUCAAAACGACGACCACAAUAUCACCUGGCCUGAAUUAAAUUUUCACAUAACUUUUUUUCUGUUAAAAAUAACUAAAGAAAAAAAAGUUUAAAAAAAACAAAACAUUAUUCAAAGUUAUCAAAAGUUAUAUGUUUAUUUGUAAUUGAAGCUUCAUAGUAAAGCAUAUGAUGUCAAGCGUGAAAUAGCAGAGAGGAGUUCUAAGUUAUUUAGAAUGGCUUUGUUUUGAUCCAAGCAGUGAAGUUACUGGUGAAGGAAAGGGAAGGGGGAGCUUUAAGAGUUCACAUGCUGUUAAACAUCACAAACAGUUGGUCCUUCAGAUAGGUAUAGUACAAUGAUGAACAAACGCAGUUUUGAGCAGAUUUUUUUUUAAUGUUUCAGGAUGAAGAACAAUGGUCACCACUUACAUUUUUAUCUGUGCGCAUGCUUUACUUUCUUUAAAAAAAGUAUUUUGGUCUUAACUCCUGGUUUUUAUUCCAUUUGUUUCCUUGUAUACUGUCUUCCAUUAUUAUCCACCUUUAAAACAAGGCUGCCACAUCCAGAGACAAGUAGCCUAUUCUGUGAAAAUGAAGUCAUAGAACGAAGGAUGCCAUUGAGAAACACUCCAAGGAGUUUAUACAUUUUUUGGGGGGGGUUUACAAUCAUUUUCUUUUUGUGCUAAAUUUGGAAACGUAUUGUUGUGUUUUCUCUGACUGUAUGUGGCCUUGUUCAUCAUUUCAGUAUUCGUGAGCUUGUAUUCAUGUUACUGGCAGACUCUGAGGUUAAAAUGUAUGUCACUGCCUGCUCUCUCAUUUCCCCCGUCAUUUUAGAAUGUUCUGCUGUCUGUCUCUUUGCUCCUAUGUUAGACUUUUCUGUAUUCCCAGCUGAUUUUCCUCGUAUAAUUAUAUGAAAAAAUAACAAAAAUAAGAUUAAAAAAAACAUUUGGCUUAUUUUUCACUGUAGUUAUUAGUCUUUUAUACAAUAAUAUUGUAAGAACAUUUCUUGAAUUCUAAAUUUUACUCUUUCUAGAUUUUUUAAAUCGAAAGUUUUGAGUAAAAAGUUUCUUACUUUAUUUUACUAUAUUAGAUAGUAAAAUGUAUGGUUAUUUACCAUAACCUGACCAUUAUUAUCCGAAACGUACAAAUAGCAUCCUAAAACAUAGUAGGAUUGUAGCUGGCAGUCUAGUACAUUGAGGUAUUGUACAAGCUCAAAUGUUAUGACGGUGUGCUCUCCAUCUUGAUCUUCAGUCUCCAUUGUUGGUGGAUAAAAGAUAUGUACUUGUGUCCAAAAAGUCUAGGUAUUGUUGAUGCACAUCAAAAACUAGCAGCAAGAAAUCUAACUAUCUGUCUCUGUAACAGAAAACACAGCAUGUAAAUAACAUUUAUGUAGCAAUAAAUGUGCCAUCUUUUUUAACACAAUUGUGGAUAUAUUUCCUUCUUUGGACGCCAUCUUUAUUUUCUGUUUCUCCACCUUUCAUUUUUCAGUUAUUUACAUUCAAUUUAGAAUUGUGUGAUUGUUUUAUGAAAUGACGUGCUGGUGGUGCAUUUGAUAGAGCUCAAUACAAGUACAGUCCCAUGAUGUGUUCACUCAAGUGAGCUACUGACGCAACAACCCUUCCCUGGUUUUCCCCCUCAGAAGACUUUUCUACAGUGGAUCUAGGCCAAAUGAGGAACUCUGUGCAAGAGUGUGUUUUAUAGUAUGUUACUAAUUUUUAAAACAAUAUCAGUGGACCAUUGUAGUCUGUAUGGAAUAUAUGUUUCUAUUUUUAAUAAAGUGUGAUAGCAGCAUA